UGCACGGCGGGAAAUAGGCGUGGUAAGAUUCCUUGUGGAAGAGAGGAAGGACGGUGGCCGGAGAGGCGAGAGGUGAAGGAGAAAAAGCAUUAUGUGGAGCCCUUUGUGGUGUGUUUGGAAACAAGCAAGUAUGAAGUAGGAACAGAGAUGUCUGGGAAUCGAAGGGGACUACAGUAAAAGGCACAAGAAAAAUCAAACAAAGAAGAAAUCUUGUACUUUGCAGACCACUGUUGUCAAUGAACUGUUGAUCCACUAGGAAAAUCACAAAGGGAUAAGAAAGGGGAAGUGUCCGGGGGACUGGAUAUUAAAAAAUAAACCAAAGUUUUUUUAAAAAAAUCCAAAACCCACAGAGGGGAGAAACCACAUGAAUGCAUGGAGUGUGGAAAGUUUUUAAGACACCAUCACCACCUUACUUCACAUCAAAGAACCAAUACAGGACAGAAAGCAUAUGAGUGCAUUUAACAUGGAAAGAGGUACAAUGUGAGUUCUCACCUUACUUGGCAUCAAAGAACCCACACGGGAGAAACAAUAUAAAUGCAUGGAAUGUGGAAAGUUUUUCCGUCAAAGUGGACACCUUACUUCACAUCAAAGAACCCACACAGGCAUGAAAUCCACACAGUGUGGAAAAAGCUUCACUCGGAAGGACUGCCUUACUCAACAUAAAGUAAGCACACAGAGGAGGAAUUGCAUGAAUGCAUGGAGUGUAGAAAGAGCUUCACUAUGAGAAGCAAACUUACUUUACAUCUAAGAACCUACACAGGAGAGAAACCAUAUAAAUGCAUUGAGUGUGGAAAAAGUUUCAGUCGCAGCCAAAGCCUUAGGUCACAUCACAGAACCCACACAGGGGAGAAGCCAUAUAAGUGUCUGGAGUGUGGAAAGAGUUUCAGUCGUAAUGAUAGCCUCAGUUUCCAUCAAAGAACACACACAGGAGAGAAACCAUAUAAAUGUAUGGAGUGUGGCAAGAGCUUCAGCGGUAGAAAAGAGCUAACUGUACAUGAAAGAACCCACACAGGGGAGAAGCCAUAUACAUGUAUGGAGUGUGGGAAAAGUUUCAUUCAGCGCCAACAACUUAAUUCACAUCACAGAACCCACACAGGGGAGAAGCCAUAUACAUGUAUGGAGUGUGGAAAGAGUUUCAGUCAUAGUGGAAGCUUUACUUUACAUCAAAGAACACACACAGGAGAGAAACCAUAUAAAUGCAUUGAGUGUGGAAAAAGUUUCAGUCGCAGCCAAAGCCUUAGGUCACAUCACAGAACCCACACAGGGGAGAAGCCAUAUAAGUGUCUGGAGUGUGGAAAGAGUUUCAGUCGUAAUGAUAGCCUCAGUUUCCAUCAAAGAACCCACACAGGAGAGAAGCCAUAUAAAUGUAUGGAGUGUGGAAAGACCUUUAGUGAGAGCGGCAAACUUACUUUGCAUCAAAGAACCCACACAGGAGAGAAACCAUAUCAAUGCAUGCAGUGUGGCAAGCGUUUCAGUUGUAGAAAAGGUCUAAAUGUCCAUGAAAUAACCCACACAGGAGAAAAACCGUACCAAUGCACAGAGUGUGGAAAAAGUUUCAGUCAGAGUGGAAGCUUUACUUUACAUCAACGAACCCACACAGGAGAAAAACCAUAUAAAUGUAUGGAAUGUGGAAAGACCUUUAACGACAGCGGCAAACUUAAUUUGCAUCAAAGAACCCACACAGGAGAGAAACCAUAUCAAUGCAUGCAGUGUGAAAAGAGCUUCAGAGAUAGUAGACACCUUUCCUCCCAUCAAAGAAUCCACACAGGAGAGAAACCAUACAAAUGCAGAGAAUGUGGAAAAAGUUUCAGUCACAGCCAACACCUUUCUUCACAUCGUAGAACCCACACAGGGGAGAAGCCAUAUACAUGUAUGGAGUGUGGAAAAAGUUUCAGUCAGAGUGGAAGCUUUACUUUACAUCAAAGAAUCCACACAGGAGAAAAACCAUAUAAAUGCAUAGAGUGUGGAAAGAGCUUCAGUGGUAGAAAAUACCUAACUGUACAUGAAAGAACCCACACAGGAGAAAAACCAUAUAAAUGUACAGAGUGUGGAAAAGGUUUCAGUCAGAGCCAACACCUGACUUUACAUCAAAGAGCCCACACAGGAGAAAAACCAUAUGAAUGCAUGCAGUGUGGGAAAAGUUUCACUCAGAGCCAAAACCUUACUUCACAUCACAGAACCCACACAGGAGAGAAGCCGUAUAAAUGCAUAGAGUGUGGGAAAAGUUUCAGUUGGAGUCAACACCUUACUUCACAUCACAGAACCCACACAGGAGAUAAGCCACAUAAGUGUCUGGAGUGUGGAAAGAGUUUCAGUCGUAAUGAUAGUCUUACUUUACAUCAAAGAGUCCACACAGGAGAGAAACCAUAUAAAUGUAUGGAAUGUGGAAAGAGUUUCAGUCGUAAUGAUAGUCUUACUUUACAUCAAAGAAUCCACACAGGAGAAAAACCAUAUAAAUGCAUAGAGUGUGGCAAGAGCUUCAGUGGCAGAAAAGAUCUAACUGUACAUGAAAGAACCCACACAGAAGAAAAACCAUAUAAAUGUACAGAGUGUGGAAAAAGUUUCAGUCGGAGUGCAACCCUUACCACACAUCAAAGAACCCACACAGGAGAAAAACCAUAUAAAUGUAUGGAAUGUGGAAAGACCUUUAGUGUGAGAUGCAACCUUACUUCACAUCAAGGAACCCACACAGGAGAGAAAGUGUAUGGAAUGAGGAAAGAGCUUGAGUGCAAGGUGUAAACAUACUUCACAUCAAAGAACCCACACAGGGAAGAAACCUUUUAAAUAUGGAGUGUGGAAAAUGCUUCAGUCAGAGUGAGCAGCUUACUCAACAUCAAAGAACCUACAGGGAGAACUCUAAAAAUUUAUUGGCUGUGGAAAGGUUCAGUGUGAGCUCUUACCUUGAUUUGCAUCAUCAGCGACAUCUUACCGCACCCCAAAAAACUGACACUGACGCAGGGAAGAAAGCAAUUGUGUGGAAUGUGAAAAGGGCUUCAUUCCUAGCAAAAGUGUUACUUUACAUGAAAUGAAGUGGCUACAUCAUGGCCCUUCCUUCAGAGUAUGGCCUUGCAACAUUAUAUCUGCUCCUAGAAACUACUGACAUGGAUAUUUUGAACCCAGUGCCCAGAGUAUUGAUUUGAGCAACAAUGAAACCGAAUUGACAGUCAGGUGAAGUCUGGGAUAGGUGUGAUACCUUUCCUUGGCCCUCCAUUAAUCCCUUCUACCCACCACCCACUUCCAACUGUCAACCUCUUAAAUUUUCACCAGGACCCCUACUGUCAUUCCAUGCUCCCUUAAUCUCCUCCCACACUCUGAGAGAGGAUCUUCCCCCUCCAACAUAAACAGUAAGCAUGGCUCAUUGGACUGUUUGUCCUUCGUAACAAAAUGGUGUUGCAUUUACUUACACUAUUUAGAAAGAUGCAAAUCACUAAACCUCGAUGUGGCUAGCAUGACUAGGUUGCAGUCCACCCUGCUGGUGAAGGGCAGGUAAUACAUUUAAUCAUCCUCAUCAUCAGAAGUCAUCCUGUGGUCUUAUUUCCCGAAUAAAUGCGGGGACAGAGUUAUCUUCUGGGAUUGUUGCAGGGUUUGAUCAUUUUUCUUGUUUCUCUGUUGACUGGAUCGUCAUUCCUGAUGAGCUGUUUCAGGUUAGGGUGUCAUUCAUAGACAAGAACAUAAGAACAUAAGAAGAGCCUGCUGGAUCAGGCCAGUGGCCCAUCUAGUCCAGCAUCCUGUUCUCACAUUGGCCAACCAGGUGCCUGGGGAAAGCCCGCAAGCAGGACCCGAGUGCAAGAACUCUCCUGAGGCUUCCGGCAACUGGUUUUCAGAAGCAUGCUGCCUCUGACUAGGGUGGCAGAGCACAGCCAUCAUGGCUAGUAGCCAUUGAUAGCCCUGUCCUCCAUGAAUUUGUCUAAUCUUCUUUUAAAGCCGUCCAAGCUGGUGGCCAUUACUGCAUCUUGUGGGAGCAAGUUCCAUAGUUUAACUAUGCGCUGAGUAAAGAAGUACUUCCUUUUGUCUGUCCUGAAUCUUCCAACAUUCAGCUU